AUGCCUCCUCCUCCCCCGCCUAUCAGGUGCGACAGGAACAGCACCCUCUCGGAAAUCUUCCAAGCUGUCGAGCAAGAGCGCGUCCGCCCGUUCGCGCACCAAUACUACUCGCCCAACUACGUGGAAGAGUACGACUGGGACAAGUUCAACCCUAAAUACUUCUCCGGGCCGGAGUUCAAGUCGCUCCCCCUUGAGGAGCAGUUCCGUCGUUUUCCCAAGGGCAUCGUGGAAAAUGUGGAUAACUACCUCGACAGCACGGCCUUGGAGAAGAUGCUGGCUUACAUGGGCGGGCGCAGGGAUGACAGACACGUAUACUGGCUGGUGGAUCAUCAACGCGAGGCAUGGCACGUUACGAAGCUGUUUAAUUCGAGACUAGAAUCAAAGAGGUCCGAGCUGGAGAGGGAGUUGGGGGAGGAGGAGGUGGAAAGGAUAAGGAGGGCGAUGAAGGCGGAGAAGGAGAGGAAGAAGGCAGAGGCGAGAGAGAGGAGAGAAAGGAAACUGAGGGAACGACAGAAGGAACUGGAAAAGCAGCGGGCGGAGGAGCAGCGAAAGAAGUUACAAGAGGAGGACGAGAGGAAGAUGAGGGUUGCAAAGGAGGAAGAAAUACGAAAACAAGUCGAGGCUGAAGAAGUGAGAGUUCGCCAGCAGCUGGUUGAAGACUUAAACAAGGGGGCUUUGGCUUUGAGGAAAGACAUUGCAGCAUUCUCGGCGAGCGACGAGUCUGUGACUAUUGGGGAGUGUGAGGCACUCAUCGCCCAAAUUGGGCGGUUCAUCCGGCUCUUUACGCGGCGUCUAGAGGCGCAUGUUGAGUCGCAGAUGGGGGAGGUCAACUGGAGGGUGGUACGGGCAGCGGUCGAAGGUGUUAUCAGCGUGCUCGAGCUUAUCUACUUUGAAGAUGUCACGCAGAUUCAAAGAAACUCGCACGUGGACUGGAAGGAUCCAAAUGUCUUGUCCCACGUUGCGAUGGGUGGUGUUAGGGAAGGAUGGGGUUCUUUGCUGCGCAACCUGUUGUUUGAGACCCAAAUCUACCGCAUGGUCCGCAAGAAGGAUGACAUUCACGAGAGGUUGAGAGCGGUACUUGUGGACAUGGCUGGGCAUGGAAUGAGUGGUGCGAGGGAGAUGACAAGUGAAAUUUGA